AUGGACCACUGGCUAAAAAUAGAAACGCUUUUUAGACCUGGAUCAUCCAGAAAUACAACAAGCAGUAGUGACCGGACAAAUGUUGAUGCGCAACAAUUGAAUGAAGAGCCUCCAUCGGCGGAAGUUGAUCUGGAUCUACAGCAGAUCCAAAAGACUGAGCUGGACUUCAGGCCAGUAGAUGAUGAUUCCAAUGUGAGAAAAGUCGCAAAGCGGAAAUAUAAGGAAUCAUAUAUUGAAAUGGGAUUUACUGAGACCAGCGAUAAUAAGCCACAGUGUGUCAUCUGUGGUAAGGUGUUUGCCAACAGCACAAUGUUUCCGGCAAAAAUGCGUCGACAUUUCGAAAAUGUGCAUCCAGAGUAUGAAGGCACACCGAGUUCGUUAUUAAAGUGUAAAUGUGAGGAGUUAUUGGUUCAAGAAAACAUGACGAAUUUGUCAAAAAUAAAUAAUGAAAAGGCUGUUCUCGCAUCAUACAUAGUCAGUUAUCGUGUUGCACAAGCGGGAGAAGCGCAUACUAUUGCUGAAAACUUGAUCAAGCCAUGUAUGCAGGAUAUCGUCGGUCUAAUGAUUGAUGAUAAAACAGUUGGAUUGAUAAAUUCAAUUUCCAUGUCAGACAAUACGGUCUCUCGGCGUAUUAGAGACAUGGCCGAAGAUGUUGAGAGCACUUUGGUGUCUCGAUUGAAAAUAUCGAAUUUCGCGAUGCAGCUUGAUGAAUCCACAGAUGUAGCUGGCCUUGCUAUUUUAAUGGUGUUUGUACGAUAUCAAUUUUCUGGAUAUUUUGAAGAAGAUUUACUUUUUUGCAAACCACUGCCGACAGCUACAACGGGAGCUGAAAUUUUUAAGCUGAUUGACGAUUAUUUUACGAAGAAUGAUAUUCCAUGGGAACAUUGUGUUGAUGUAUGUACAGACGGUGCAAAGGCUAUGGUUGGAAAGACUGCUGGUGUCGUUGCCAGAAUUCAAGAAAAGGCGGAAAGCUGUGGUAGCAGUCACUGCAUCCUUCAUCGAUAUGCGCUUGCUAUGAAGAAAAUAUCACCAUCUUUGAAGGAAGUUUUGGAGGAAAGCAUCAAGAUAAUCAACUUUAUCAAGGCACGACCCAAGAAUUCGAGAUUAUUUAAAACGUUGUGCGAUGAAAUGGGGAGCCAGUAUUCCACGCUUCUUCUACAUACCGAAGUGCGUUGGUUAUCUCGUGGGAAAACGUUGUCCCGGUUGUUCGAAUUAAGAUCAGAAGUUAGAACCUUCCUGAGCGGCCAUGAUUUUGCAUUGGGUGAAAAGUUGAAAAAUGACCAGUGGCUUAUAAUGUUAGCUUAUUUAGCUGACAUCUUCCAGAAAAUGAAUGAAUUGAGUGUUUCAAUGCAAGGCAGGGCGAUUUCAGUAUUUGAUGUGAAUGGAAAAAUUUUGGCAUUCAAAAGAAAAAUCAAAUUCUGGGCAGAAUCUCUGGAAAAACGAAACCUGGACAGCUUUCCAAAUUUGAAUAAAAUUCAAUCCGAAAUAUCCUCGAAUAUAUCAUCCGAAAAUUUCAUUCAAUUUUACGAGCACUUGCAGGUAGGUAUUAUGAUAAUUACAAUGGUUUUCUUAAAUAACCUUGAACAUGUAAUUGGCAGGAUUUGUUGGACAGCUUUCAACAGUAUUUUCCAGACCAAUAUCAUAGCAAGAUCGAAGAAAUGGCUUGGGUGGAACAGCCUUUUUCGAUAUCGGAGAAGCCAAAAUCUUUAACAUCACAGGAAUAUGAGUGUUUGAUAGAUUUGACAUCGGAUUUCAAUAUGAAAAAAAAAUUUAAAUCCAAGAA